AUGAUGAAUUUUGAAGUGAGCACUACAAAACAAAUUGGCGUUGGUCUUACAGCGUUUGGAGUAUUUUUUAUAUUCCUCGGAAUAUUAUUAUUCUUGGAUUCGGCCCUUCUCGCAAUCGGAAAUCUUCUCUUCAUAGUAGGAAUCACUUUUGUUAUCGGUGUUCAGCGGACAUUGGUGUUCUUUUUCGAGUUCAGAAAGCUGAAAGGAAGCAUUUUAUUUUUUGGAGGUAUUCUCGUAGUUCUUUUUGGCUAUCCAUUAUUUGGAAUUAUCGCCGAAAUCUGGGGAUUCAUUCUACUAUUCGGAGGAUUCUUACCGGGAAUUGUGAACCUAUUGAGAAGUAUCCCAGGAAUCAGCACCAUCACGUAUCUUCCGGGCAUUCGUCAAAUUCUGGAUCGCCUAGCGCCUGAAUCCAAAUAUCCAGUAUAA